AUGGUGAAUACUUGUAGAAUCAGCUUCAUAAGCUUCAUGAUACUCUUGCUCUUCAUCAAUCAGUCAUCUCUUUCUUCUUCUGUACGCAUCGGUCUACAAGGAGGUCGAGAUCUUAUUCACCACCGUACACUUGAUGAGAUUGAGAGAGACAAGGCACGUCUCAGUUUCUUGUUUAAAACGAUGGAGGAUGCAUAUGAUUCCAAUUUUGAUGAGGAUCUCCCGCUCCCCCCAUGGCCUUAUGUUAGGGUUAAAGGGGUCGAGGCCUUUGGUUUGGUUCCUUUAGGGUUUGAUACUUCGAUGUAUCAUAUAAACCCUCUUUUUUUAGAGACUUUGUAA